AUGUCGACGGGCCUCUUCUCUCUGAGCCUUGAACUGAUACUACGUAUCACCAAGAUUCCAGGAAUCGCCACGGUGCGGAACGCCGAACUUCACGAAGAAGGCAUCUACAAUGCCAGAGAGCAUGACGAACAAGGAAGAUCCACAGAAGAUCUCGUCCCAGCUGAGCUCAAAACGCUGAUAAACCUCAGCUGUACUUGCACUCACUUUCGUGCCGUCCUUGCACCAGUCAUCUACCGGAAGCUCUGGCUCACCAAUACAAUCACCAGCGCUACCAGUAUCAAGGCAAUAGCCGCGACACGCUUUCGUAUCCACGUUAGAGAGAUACUCUUUGUCGGCCGAGCACCCGGCAGCGAGGAAGAUGGCUUCGAGCAAGUAGGAGAAGUAAUCGCAAGUGAAGUGCUUGAAAUCUUAGCUAACUUGCGCUCUUGCUUUCCAAAUCUAAAUUGCCUGAACGUUGGUUUUGCCUUCGAAGCCUGGGACUACGACAAAUGGGCUAAUCACCUUUCCGAAUCUUUCAUCAAUCCUGAGAGUGACGAUGAAGUUGAGCAUCUCGAGACUAAGGAGAGCUUCCGUGCUCUGACAGCCAGCGUUUGGGGUGCUAUAUCGCGCAAUAAACCAGGCAUAAUCAAGACUCUCAAGAUGCGACAUUUCUUUCCCAAAUUGGUCACGACAUACUUUUCGGAGAAGUUCCAAAGCUUUCUGGGUGGAAUUGAGGAGUUCGAGAUGUCUGUUUGGGGGCAGGACGAUGGUGUUUGUGCAAGCAAUACGGGCGACGGCUAUCUCGACGCGAUCUCGAAGUUGGACAAGGUGUUCGCCAACUUACGAUUCUGCACUGAAUUUACACUGCGGAGCAGCCAAUAUGGCUGGAUGGGCUGCGAAGGCAUGAGCCACGUUCCUUUGCCACUGAAACCAGGUACAAUGCCAAAGCUCGAACGGCUAACAUUGCAUCAUUGCUUCCUUGGUCCAGAACUGUGCGACUUCCUCCAGACUCACAGUGGUACACUGCGAGAGAUAACCAUGCAAGAUUGCUGUGCAGUUCCAGACAGACGCACGAACAACGGCAUAGAAUGGUGCGAAUUAUUCAGAACCGUAAGGACUUUGCAGAAACUUGAGAAGGUGGAAGUGUUACCUGCGAAGCUGCCAUAUUCUUGGCACAUGCAAAACAGUUUGGUAGAAAAUGACGAAGACGUUCGGGAAGAUGUUGGCAAGGCUGCGAAGGAACUCGAAACAAAGCAAGACAGAAGAAUGUUCGCUUAUGGUGAGCUGAAUGAUAAAUACAGAGAUUGGAGUUUGAGAUCAGACAAAAUCAGAGAACAUUUCUGGAGGGGACAUGACCAAAAGGAGUGGUAUGAUUUGAUCGACACGCUCAGACAGCGAGAGCUCGUCGAAGCACAAACGCAAAAUAUCAUCGCAAAGAUUGUUAGAUCUGGUGAAUACUAA